AUGUCCUCUGACACUUCAUUAUCAGAAUCUUCGUUGCUCAAAGAGGAAAGCGGAAGCUUAAAGAUGUCUCCUCCGCCUGUAACACCAAAUCCAGUACGUGAUAAUCUCAAAUCUUUCGUGGCUGGUGGUGUCGGUGGUGUAUGCGCAGUGUUUACAGGCCAUCCGUUUGAUUUGAUCAAAGUGAGAUGUCAAAAUGGUCAGGCGAACUCUGCGAUGCACGCAGUCGCAAACAUCUUAAAAGAAGCCAGAACUCAGGUGAAUGGUUCUAUGUUCACCAACUCCAUAAAAGGGUUCUACAAAGGUGUUAUUCCGCCCUUAUUGGGUGUCACGCCCAUCUUUGCCGUUUCUUUCUGGGGUUAUGAUGUGGGUAAGAAAUUGGUCACCUAUAAUAACAAAAGUACGGGCACCGGUGAGUUGACCAUGGGACAGAUGGCCGCGGCAGGCUUCAUCAGCGCCAUCCCCACCACUCUGGUGACUGCCCCCACAGAAAGAGUUAAAGUUGUCUUGCAAACCUCUUCCAAAGGGUCUUUCAUUCAAGCUGCAAAAACUAUUGUUAAGGAGGGCGGCAUUUCUUCUUUGUUCAAAGGUUCAUUGGCUACCCUAGCAAGAGAUGGGCCUGGCUCGGCACUAUACUUUGCAUCUUAUGAAAUUUCUAAAAACUAUCUAAAUAAUAGGCAACCCCAUCCAAGUGCGGGCGAAGACCAGCCAGUCAACAUUAUGAAUGUUUGUCUUGCUGGUGGUAUUGCGGGUAUGUCUAUGUGGUUGGCUGUUUUCCCGAUAGAUACCAUAAAGACGAAAUUGCAGGCCUCUUCCACGAAGCAAAAUAUGAUUUCUGCGACAAAGGAAAUCUACCUUCAAAGGGGAGGCAUUAAGGGGUUCUUCCCUGGUUUAGGCCCUGCAUUAUUGAGAUCUUUCCCUGCUAAUGCGGCUACGUUUUUGGGUGUAGAGUUGACGCAUUCUUUAUUUAAGAAAUACGGUAUAUGA